AUGCAUUUCUCCAAGGUGCUCGCCAGCCUUGGCCUCAUGGCCACUGCUGCCUCGGCUGCCCCCCACAUGCUCAAGACGCGCAAUGCGACAGGCACUGGCGCCCAGAACGUCGUCUACUGGGGCCAGAACGGCGGCGGCAUCGUCGAGAACAACGACCUGGCCACCUACUGCACCUCCACCUCCGGCAUCGACAUCAUCGUGCUGGCCUUCUUGUACGAGUGGGGUAACGGCGUUACCAUCCCGUCUGGCACGAUCGGGCAGUCGUGCUACAUCUCGACCUCCGGCGAGGGCCAGAACUGCGACGACCUGGCCAAGGCCAUCGACACGUGCAAGGCCAACGGCGUCAAGGUGAUCCUGUCGCUGGGCGGCGCGUCGGGCUCGUACUCGCUGCAGUCGCAGGAACAGGCCGAGACCAUCGGCCAGAACCUGUGGGAGGCGUACGGCAACGCGGGCAACGGCAGCGUGCCGCGGCCCUUCGGCAGCACCUUCGUCAACGGCUGGGACUUUGACAUCGAGGCCAACAGUGGCAACCAGUACUACCAGUACCUGAUCGCCAAGCUGCGCUCCAACUUCGCCUCCGACCCCAGCAACACCUACUACAUCACCGGCGCGCCGCAGUGCCCCAUCCCGGAGCCCAACAUGAACGUGAUCGUCACCAACGCCCAGUUCGACUACCUCUGGAUCCAGUUCUACAACAACCCCGGCUGCUCCGUCAACGGCAACAUCAACUUCGACCAGUGGAAGACCAACAUCGCCAACACCCCCUCCGCCAACGCCAAGCUCUUCAUCGGCGUGCCUGCCUCGCCGCUGGGCGCCACCGGCACCGAGAGCGGCGCCCAGUACUACCUCCAGCCCAGCGCCCUCGCCUCGCUCGUCGGCCAGUACCAGAGCGACCCCGCGUUCGGCGGCGUGAUGAUGUGGAACGCCGGCUUCUCCGACUCCAACGUCAACAACGGCUGCACCUACGCCCAGGAGGCGAAGCACAUCCUGACGACUGGCUCCCCUUGCUGA